AGAAAUAUUCAUUCACCUUUGGAGUUUAGACUCAGACGAAAGGUAUCAGUUGUAGUUUAAACAAAUCGAUGGUUUAAAAAUUUUUGUGAACAUCAUCUCGUUAUAAAAAAAAUUUGUGCGUCUAAAUCUACUGAAGAAGAAACAAAGUUAUUUAUUCUUAAAAAAUUAUUAAAUUAUAGUUAAGAAUUGUUCAAGUUCGUCAUAGACAUAUUAUGUCUUCAUUAAUCUAUAGUUUUAUUAUUAUUGCUUCUCAAUGUUGGCUGACAAUUUUUGCCAGUCCUGCGAGAUACGAUCAACGUCAAACCGGCGACGUUAAUGUACAAAUUGAUGUCAAAAAUGUUGAGGUGAUCGCUUUGGUGAAAUCCGAUUUAUUGGAUGAUUACAUGAAUUAUGAUUACGUUUAUGAUUAUGCAGAUUUUACUUUGAAACCAGUAACAAAGCCGACGACAAAAUUACCGCCAGUGAGUUCAAAUAAUAAUUCGGAAUCGACGACGAUUGUUUCGUCGACAAAACCGAUGCAAGCGGAAAAUUUGAAUAUUUCUUUAGAAUCAUCGACUACUUCUAUUCCUCUAUUGUCUUUGGCUAUUGAAGACAAAAAAAGCACUACUGCAAUUUUAACUACAAGUUUAGAAACAACAACUAAGGGAAGCGAUAUUGCAGAAAGUACUUCAGUGCCAGUAUCAAAUAAUGAUCCCACAAAUCUUACUGAAAAAAAUAUAAGUACAACUCAGGGAACCCUUGAAAAUUCGGUAGGAAAUAAACGAGAAAGAAUUACAAAGAGAUGUAAGGGUUUAGAUAAAACUGGUCGCUGUCUCAGAAGGAGAUUAUCACUUUUACCACUGGCAAUGAGAGUAGCACCAGAAUUGAUACGAAGUAUAUCUGAGCAUCUCCUUCGUGCAGUUGAGAUCAUCAGUCGUCGUGAGAACUUGAAAGAGUUUAUAGCUGAAGAAAACGUGAUUGCAUAUACAUAUACUAGAAUUGUUUUCUUUCUUUUUUUUUUGUCUUCUCCUGCAAAAAAAAUGCUCAAACAACUUUUAAUAUUUUCACUUCUUGCAAUAUUAACGCAUUGUAAAUCAGUGUACGAUCAACGACAGGAUGGACGUUUAAAUGUUCACGCACAAUUGGAGAAUAUAAUGAUUGUAAUUGCCACUCCCGGCGAUAAGGGUCCAACCAGUUUAUUUAACGACAUCGCCUCACAAAUUCUCGAAUUAAGGGGUCUCACGUCAAGAAAUAAACAGGUAUCCAUUGCUGACGAAGAAAUUUUAGAAGAGGGAAAGGAUCCACUCAAUGUGAAAAUUUUACGAAUCGAAACUAAUCCGGACAAUUUGGAAAAAUCAUCAGAAUCAUCAGUUUUGUCAUCAUCGGAAUCAUUAUCAGGAGCAGCAGUUGCUUUAGAAUCAUCAGCAUCAUCAGCAUCAUCAGAAUCAUCAGAAAUUCAAAGAAAUACAAAAGAACUACCAAAAAAUCAGGAAAUAAAAUUUCACUUCGAAGAUUUGAGUAAUGCGGAGAAGAAAAUCACCAACAAUCAUCAAAUUCUCGAUAAAUUGGGAAUAGCAAGUAAAAUAAAUUCCCAAACAGAAAAAUUAAUCAAAAACGAAAAAAUCUCAACAGACAAUAAGGAUUCAGUAAAAAAUGAGAAAGCACCGGAGAAAUUUAUUUCAUUUGGCACAAUAAGUUCAAUUGACGAUAAAGUGAUUUAUGCCGAGAAGAAAUAUUCAUCAGAAAUUAAUAAUGAUUCACAACAAGAGAAGAAUGAAAAAAUUCUUCAACAAAAUGAAGAAUUUUCCAAACAAAAACCAGAUUUUAAAAUUAAAAAUCAAAAAUCAAGUGAUUCGCAAUUUCAACAAAAUAAUUCACAAUUAGAUGAAAAGGAAAAAAGUGAAAAGAACAAGAAUGAUAAACCAAUUGUCGAGACAAUAAUAAGGAAAAUUCGUCAAAUAAGAAGAGGAUUGGAGAAUUCAUUAAAGGAAGAGAAUCAUCAACAUCAUCAUCAUCAUCAAAAAAGUCGUAUGUCAUUGAAAAAGGAAUUGCCAAGAUUUGAGAAUGGAAAGAACGAUGAAGAGGCUGGUGAUAAAAAUGAAGUUCGUCAUAUUGCCGAUCAAAAAUCACAAUUUUUAAAACCAAUUGGUGAAAUGAUUGAAAAUUGUGGACCUGGUAGAGUUCGUAAUCGUUAUGGAAUUUGUCAAUUUGACGAAUCAUUGAAUUGAUCAAAAUUUUUUUGCUCUUCGAUAUUUUUUUCUCUAAUUCUUUACUUGUUUAAUCAAUAUUUUACAGUUUAUAAAUAAUUAUUCUGAUAUUAUUUUAUAAAACGAAAUCAUGUUAUUCAAAUAGUAGUUUGUAGUUUUGUGAUUUUCUUGUUAUUGAGAGAUAACAAUAAUUAAUCGAAUUUGAAUAAUAAUUA